UUGACGUUUACGUUUGUCCGUCAUCCGCUGUUUUGUGUUGUGUUUAUCUCAACAAUGUCCGUUGUUUUAGUGUAGUUUUGUGUGUGCUGUGUUACCAUGACAGUUUUCAUUGUUGGAUAUUUACAUUUUGCAACGAGCUAGCGGCUCAAUGGUGUCCCGUGAGAUGGUAAAGGGGAACAAGCACAAGGAGCUAUGGGAGCUAGAGCGGAGGUACAGUGUGGCGGGGGAGGCUGUGGCCACCUCAGACCUCAUCAACAGACCCCCACCACCAUCUGCAGGGAUGGUGCCCUCUGCCUCAGAGGACCUGCACGCUUGGUCUAUAUACAGGCAAAAUCUCAACUCGGACUUCACAGAUUCGGCUCUGGGGUCGAGUGAGAAGUCACCACUACCUUACGGUAAUUUCCAGCUGAGAGAGUCAACCGUCCAGUCUAUCCUUAGUCAUCCACGCUACGGACCAAAGUCACCCCUGGGUUCCAACAUGUACACAUACCUCAAGUUUGGCCUUCCAAGGGUGUUUCCCCCUAAUGGUGGGGGCCCCCGCAACCCCCGGGACGGCUCCAGCGGCUACGACUCUAGUGAAGACGGGGGGACAACGUCCCGAAAUGACAAGAGAACAACCAACUACUACCUGCGUACACAGAGCAACCCUGACUUCCGCAACAUACCUUACCAUCAGCCCACUCUACCAAGAGCGCCAGGCAUGGCAGGGGGAAGAGGCAAGAGUAUCAGUGAGGCUAACCUACUCUCCGCCGAGGCACUGAUGAGGUCCCCUGCUCCGCCAGAGCACCGCCGCAGUAUACACGACCUCCGUCACCCCUCCCUCCUCAUGCCCCAACAACACCCCUACAACGAGAUCGGCUCUCCAGCUCACCUACUGAUGCACCAUCACAAAGGGGGUAGACCAGCCUCAGUGGCCGUGGUGGGAAGGCCGUCGUCUGUUCUCAGCAUCCCCCUGACUCAUCGGGAACCAACCACCCUCUCCUUCCAAGUCAACAGGGGAGAACUGUACAAUGGACAGUAUCCGCACCUUCAGGUUAGAGGAAUGGAUGUGGAAGGGCCAAAGAAAGAACCUCUUCUUCAGGGUGUUUCUUUUGAAGUCAGAGGAGGGGAAAUUCUAGCAGUUAUGGCCACUACAGCACCAGAAGGCAAAGCGCUAUUGGACGGACUAAUGGGACAUGCCAACGCCAGGAUAGCUCAUAUAAUCCUGAACGGACAAAAGCUUACGCAGAGUUCUCUGCGGCGACGGGCUGCAUAUGUCCGAGCAGACUUUGUCCUUGCUCCGAACCUGAGUGUCGCGCAGACACUAGCUUUCUACUCCAUCCUUCGUCGGCCUCCGUACAUAAACGUACAAAAAGUUUCUGUACAAGAACAAAUGGGUCUGCUGAUAGAGGAGCUAGGCCUCGCCCAGGUGUUGGACACUAAGGUAUCUUCUCUCACAGCCUCCGAGCUGCAAAGACUCAACUUGGCGUGUCAUCUCAUCGCCAACACGGAGAUUCUUCUGCUGGACCGACCGACCGCUCAUAUGGACAUCUUCGACACAUUCUUCCUGGUCGAGUUUCUACGACAGUGGGCAGGUGGAGGCACUGGUGGGUUGUCCGGCCGCAUCGUUAUUCUGACGCUACAGCCGCCCACCUACGAGAUAUUUACGAUGGUCUCCCGCGUAGUGCUGCUGUCUAGUGGUAGACUCAUGUACUCAGGUCGUCGUAGAGACAUGCUUCCCUACUUCUCCACAGCGGACUACCCUUGCCCUGCAUACAAGAACCCUUCAGACUACUACCUGGACUUGGUGACCUUGGAUGACCUGUCGGCAGAAGCAAUGCUAGAAUCUAGUCAGCGCAUCGAGCAGUUAGCGGAGUUGUUCAGACGCAGACAGGAGCCUCUGUCUGACCCAGGUCCGCCGCAGGCACUCCCAGGGAAAACCAGGCCUGCCAACAUCUUCAAACAAUUCAUUGCCAUACUCUUACGCCAGACAGUCUACUGCCAGCCGAGCAGUCUGUGCCGUUGGAUCUCACACCUACUGCUGGCUUGCACGUUGUCUCUUAUCGUCGGUGCUGUGUUCUGGGAUUUGCCCAGUUCUGACCCCUUACUUCUACAGGCUGACAGGCUUGGCUACCACUACACGAUGCUGUGUGUUGUUGGAGCUGCUCUACUUCCUGUGGUGGCGAUUGCUAGGACUCACGACAUGGACCGGCUGGCAGCCGAGAGCGAUGUCAAAGAUAACCUCUACUCUAGAACUCUCUAUAUUAUAGUUGCAACUCUAGUCAGUGUGCCUCCAUCUCUACUGCUGUGGCUUGGGUUUAUUAUUCCAGCCUACGCCAUGACAGGACUGUACAACCAAGGACCUGCACCUGACGGCUUCUAUGUUUAUAUUGGAUACAUGUUGGUAGCCCUGUGCACACUACAGAGUCUCACCACACUGCUAGGUUAUCUCUGUCCGGGCCGUCUCAGUGCUUCCCUUCUCUCUUGUCUACUUAUUCUUUGUCUCUCGCUUGUCUCCGGAUUCCCGGUGCUCCGGUGGGAUCUUCCUCCCCUCUCCCCCCACCUGGCUGUCCUCAGCCCGGCCCGCUGGAUCUUAGCGCCACUCGCUGGUCGAGAGUAUGCUCAGGAAGCAGUGAUUGCCAGCUCCGCUCAGCACAUUUGUAAAAAGAACCAGGUUCAGAGACAAGAUAUUAUCGUACAGCUUCCAUGUCCGUCUCCAAAUGGCUCAGCGGCGCUGGCGUAUCACGGGCUGCAACUGCCUGACUCACUUCCCCUUCCCCUAGCCUACCCCCCGUACUUUCCCCCUCUCAUGCUGGCUGUCGUCUGCCUUCUGCUCAUCCCCGUGGCCUACGUCUGCUCCGGCCGCUGCUACACCCUCCGCAGGCGACAGAGAAGCAAAUAUUAGUUACGUUAAUUUGUUACGGAGGUGCUUUUGUCAAUAUUGGUAGUUUUUUUAGUAAUUUUGAUGCUCAAAGUUAUAUUUUAGCAGUUUUAUAGGUUAACUGAGGCUAAGUCAAGGUUUAAAGUUGAUUUUGCAAUUUAUUAUGAUUUAUAACUGAUUUGUUCAAAUUCAACUUCUUAUCACAAUCACUGAACUGUGCAGUUAUAAAGACAGUGAUAGUUGCUAUAGUAAAAGUCCCAUAUAGACAGAGUAACAAGCGAAAGGGUGGUUGCAGUGAUAAGACAUUAAUGCCAGAGGUUUAUCAUGUGUAGGACUACAUUAUUUAAAUGUUUACACAUACAUUUUUAAAAAUCAAAACUCUAUCCUUUUUCCAAUUAAAACUCUAUAGAAUUUUUUUAAAGUUACAAAUUAAAUCCUCAAUAAUUUUAUUUCACUGGUAUAGUUAAGUAUUUUAGUGGUUUCCAAAUGUUGGUAAACUAUAGAUUGCAAAGUGUAAAUAUAUUUGAAAUACCAAAUAUUUUUAGUUUAUUCAGAUAUUAUGUAUAUUUUUUACAACAAACAAUUGACCAUUGAAAAAUUAUGCUUGUUAAAUUUGUAAUGGUGCUAACAAUGCUGCUAAAGCGAUAAUUUUCUAACUGACUGACAAUAAUGAUGACUUUUGUUGAUGUCCUGAAUACAAUACUUGAAAGCUUUUGAAAAUUAUAUUGUAAAAUUAGUAGGCCCUUUCUAUGAAUAUGAUAAUAAUACCAUAGAUAAAACAUACUCCCUUAGUAGAUUUCUCAUCCUAAUGGAACAGCUGAAGACAAUUUUAUUGUUAGUUCUGUAUACGGUUUAUGUAGAGGUUGUGUUUUGUUUACAAUUUGUUUCCCGUUAAUACAGACAUUUAAAACCUCGUUUAGCCAAAUAAUACGAUCUAAUCAUAAACAAUAAAUUGUCCCCUAGUUAUUUAACCAAACAGUAAAGCACAAAUCAAGAAAUUAACCCUAAAAUAAUAGAAACAAAAUUUCGUCGACACUGGCGCCUAGUGUGGCGUAUAUGAACUAGUCAUGAAAAACGAGCUUCAAAAUUUACAAUGGGAUGAGAAGUCUACUUGUGUUGGUUAGUCUAUGAUAAUACAAAUCCAGCAAACCAGCAUAAAUAUUGCUUUGUAAAUUUUGAGUUUAUGUAUAUCUAAAUACUUAAUACAUUUUUUUUAUUUAUGAUAUGCUAGUGUUUUGUAUGAAGGAUAAUUAAUACUUUAUCAUAAAAUAUUUCAGUUUAUGCAACAAAUGGGAUUUUCUUUAAAUUUGUUCAAAUAUUGGAAAUGCUGUAAAAUAAUUUUACCUACGACCGUUUUUUAAAGUAGCCGUUUCAGUAUAGUUCUUAGAAUUGAUAAGUAUCUCAUAACAGCAUUGUUUACUUUCAUAACAGCGUAGUUUUAAUCAUAACAACACGGGUAACGGACCAAUGAGAGAAGAUGUAAAAUUGUAAUGAUUCAAACUACAACUAAUCAGCUGUUCAAGCCAAUUAAAUUGCUGAGUGGUGCAAUUAGUGUACAAUGUUUCGUUGCAUCACUGUCAGUGGCAAUGCUAGGUUAAAACCGAAAACAUAACCUCUCUUAGAAGUUAUGAGUAGUGAUUUUUAGUAAUUUAAACACUGUCGUAGGUAAAAUAGUGUACGCAACUCGCGUAAAUAGUGUUAACGGCAAUCGUAGAAUUUUUGGCCCUUCUACGAGCCUUGGCCUUAAAUUUACUUUUGUCCUUAACACUUUUUCACUCCUUACAUCUUUAUGCAGUAAACUACUAUUAUAAGUGUCCUUUAAAAUCCAGUUUUGCUCUAAUUAAUUACUUUUUUACUACUUAAUGUAACAUCCCUAAGAGUAAUCUUAAUCGUAAAUUAUAGUAUUAUUUAUGUAAUUUAGGAAUAAUUUAGGAAUCAAGAUAUUAUAAUAUUUAUAAAUAAUUUAAUAAAAAUUAUUUUAAUUUAUAUGUACAUAAAAAUUUGUGCCAAGAUGUGUUUAUGAUAAGUAGUUAUAUCAGCAAAUGAUUGAAUAAUUUAAGUGCAAUUAUGUUUGUAAAUUUUAAAUUUUACGUUCUGUUUUACAAAAUCACUUAAAGAUUUUUUACUAUGUGCCUUGUAUAUAGAUUGAAUGUACAACCUGCCGAAUUCAUACAAACAAAUCCUUAAUGUUUGCACAUUAUGUGGAUUAAAUUCUGUAUAAAACAGAUUAAAAUGUUAUGCACUUUAAAGUGUUAUUCAUAGUAAGAAGAAUAAAAUAAAUUGGCUACUUUAUUAA